GAUGUUGACAUGAAACCAGUAGCAUGAGUGGCUAACUAGCCUGAGCUGUUUACUAGUACUGAAAGUGACUAAGCAAAGGUGUGAGAUCGACUUUUAACUCUUGAUCUCCUAUAAUAAAUUGAAAGUACUGGACGGACACUUUAAAUAUUCCAUACGUAGUUAUUGCUUGUAAUAGUUUGAAAGAAAAAAAAAAAUUGGAAAUUGAAAAAUAAGCGUAACGCCGGUUCUAAGUCAGCGAACUCCAGAAACAAUGAAUGGAGUCAAACUGAAGGCCUGAGUUUGGAGAAAGCAUCUGCUUUUGUGAAGCGCUUCCGCUCUGAACCUCGAUAUCUGCUGGCCCAGAACGUCUCAACCUGCAUUGAUCCGUUAGAGGUGUGCCUACAUCGGCAGACGGUCCAGGAUACAGUGCACAUCUUCCAACACAGCAUCCCCACAGAGGGCAAGCCUGUCACCAACCAGAAAAACUCAGGGAGAUGUUGGAUCUUCUCAUGCCUCAAUGUCAUGCGUCUUCCAUUUAUGAAGAAGUUUAACAUUGAAGAAUUUGAAUUCAGUCAGUCUUAUCUUUUUUUCUGGGAUAAGGUGGAGAGGUGCUAUUAUUUUCUGCAUGCCUGUGUGGAGACAGCUCAGCGAAAGGAACCAGUAGAUGGCAGAUUGGUCCAGUUUCUGCUCUCAAAUCCUACUAAUGAUGGUGGACAGUGGGAUAUGCUGGUUAACCUUAUUGAAAAAUAUGGUGUCGUCCCAAAGAAGUGCUUCCCUGAGUCUCACAGCUCCGAGGCUUCACGUAGAAUGAACGAGAUCCUCAAUCACAAGUUGAGAGAGUACUGUCUAAGGCUGAGGAACAUGGUAGCCAGCGAGGCCACUAAAGCGGAGCUGUCUGACACUAUAGACACCAUGAUUGAGGAGGUGUUUCGAGUGGCCAGUGUGUGUCUGGGCAGUCCUCCAGACACCAUUUGUUGGGAAUACCGGGACAAGGAAAAGAACUUCCACCGUAUGGGGCCUCUGACUCCUUUGGAGUUCUACACAAAGCACGUCAAGCCCCUCUACAAUCUCCAGGACAAGGUCUGCCUCGUUAAUGACCCUCGACCUCAGAACCCCUAUGGGAAAUUGUACAGCGUGGAGUUUCUGGGUAACAUGGUGGCCGGCCGCAGAACACUUUACAACAACCAGCCCAUCGAGCUGCUGAAGAAAGCAGCCGCAGAUUCCAUCAAGAAUGGAGAGGCUGUGUGGUUUGGCUGUGAUGUCGGCAAGCAUUUCCACAGCAAACUAGGCAUCAAUGACAUGAAUGUGUUUAACCAUGAGCUGGUGUUUGGUGUCUCAGUGAAGAACUUAUCUAAGGCGGAGAGGCUGAUCUAUGGAGACUCCCUAAUGACCCAUGCUAUGAUCCUGACUGCUGUCACUGACAAGAAUGACAAGGAGGGAUGCUACGAGAAGUGGCGUGUGGAGAACUCAUGGGGAGACGACCGUGGGAAUAAAGGAUAUCUGAUCAUGACAGACGAGUGGUUCUCUGAGUAUGUGUAUGAGGUGGUGGUGGAUAAGAAUGUCCUCUCUCCUGAAGUGCUGGAGGUCAUGCAGCAAGACCCCAUUGUCCUCCCGGCCUGGGACCCCAUGGGAGCCCUGGCAUAGCCACGGAAGCCAAGGAUGUGCAGAGCCAAUCCAAUCUUAGCCUUGUCUCCUUGACUCACCCUAACUGGUUUUACUCCUCCCAUAAUUCCCUACAAAAACCUGUUCUAGAUUUUAAAAAAACAAAAAAAAAAAAAUGUAAAAAAAACAAAACAAAAAAAAAACAAAAGAAGAAUGAUAAUAAAGUUUUUUUUGUCUCUUUUUUUAAUUAUCA